GAACCACGGCGGUUUCCCGCCUCCAGCGUCGCUCUGGUUGCUAAGCUGUGACAGCGUUCCGCUGUUUCCCGGGCAACGCUCCCUGGCGCUUGAGCGGAGGUGAAGCUGCAGCCCAGCGGCCGCCAUGACGGCUCUGUCUCUCCUAUUCAUUUGUACACGACGUCGACUCCGUCUUUGAGCCGAAAAGGCGGUAGUUUCCUAAACAAAUUUUUUUCGUUUUUUUUGUUCCCGUCCCACUUCGAGGCAAGAUGGCGUUGCCGGAGCCGGUGAGAAGACGACUCCAAGAUUUGUCUCUGACCGUCUUUACCGACCAAAACCGAACCGUACCGAGUCCGGACGAGAAUUUUAUAACACUGCCGCCAAAUCAUGAAGUGGCCUCGAACCUGCCUCUCCAGAUGUCUCUCUAUUUCAACGCCUUCUUCUUUCCUUUCUGGUGGAUCUCGGAGGUCGUCAUGCUGGACUUAAAGGUCCCGGCCCUCCAGGAUUAUUAUAAGUUCAUCCUGGUGACCGUGCUGGUGGUGAUGACUGCGAUAGAGCUGAUCAGACUCUACCUGGGCUACACAGGGAAUCUGCAGGAGAAGGUUCCUGAACUGGCUGGAUUCUGUCUCCUCAGUCUCUUGCUGCAGCUUCCACUGAUUCUUUUCCAGCUCUUCAAUGAAGGGAACCUCAUCCUGCCUCUGGAGAGAGCUGUGCACAUCGUGCUGGCUUUAUUCAUAGCACUGCAGGUGCUGUGUGCGUUCCUGGCUCUGCGCUCGAUGGUCAGGCAGUUAGAGAGCCGGUUUCACCUGCGGCAGUUCCACGGGAUUCAGGAGCUGAGAGCUGAGGAGGAGGGAGGCAGCGCUGUCAGGACCUGAGAGAGAGAGACGGGGAGAGGGAGGGAGGGACAGAGA